AUGUAUGUACAGUUAAUGACACGUAUAUCGAUUGUGACAUUGCUACUUUCGAAUCGAGUUGCUACUACGAUAGGCAAUAACUUUUUCUGUCAAAACAACCAACAGUGUACGUUUCUUGAAUAUUGUCCAGAUAAGGCGAUUCUCAUGAAAAGGAACGAACUUCCAAUACACAGUUUUCGUCAAUCGAUAUGCGAUUAUUCUGCACUAAGACCGAAAGUGUGUUGCGAUGUAUCGAGUUACUCUUCUAGGCCAUUAUCACCCGAACAAAAUAUAAGAUCACUUCUAGAGUCAAAAUCGAAUUGCGAAUGUGGUAAAAGCCUUAUUAAAAAUAACAUUGAUACUUUUGGAACUUAUCCUUUCUUAGCUAGAAUAGGUUUCAUAAGUAAGUAUACUAUCUAUCGAUCGUUGCCACAUCAAUACGGCGCACUUCAAAUUUCUAUUUUAAUCCUAUUUCAUUUAAUUGUAGAUUUGCAAAAAGGAAACAUGAAAUAUCCUUGCAGCGGUACGAUUAUAAACGAGAGAACAGUUAUAACGACAGCUUCCUGUGCACUUGCUAAUUCUCAAAUAUACAAAUUGUACGCUGUAGCCAUCGGAGAAUUUAAUACCGAAACGGAUCCAGACUGUAAUCCCUUAUUUUGUGGUCGCAACGUUCAACUUUACAAUAUAUCCUAUAUAAUAAAACAUCCAAAUUACUGUGCAGACACUUUUGCAAAUAACAUAGCACUAAUUCAUUUGGAGAAACCUAUUCACUUCGAAGUAACAGCGCAACCAGUUUGUCUAUUACCCAGAGAAAUUUAUGUUAAAGCCGGUUCAAAUACCGUGUUAAUUGGCUGGGGUAAAUUAUCGAAUCAAAAAGAUUUGUCGACUAUGCAACAAGAAUUAAAAAUGACAUUGUUACCUAAACAAAACUGCUGGGACUUUCUGAAUCAAGGAUACUCUGUGGAAUUGUGCGCUAGCGGAGAAACAGAACCUUGUUCGGCUUACAAUGGAAGUCCUCUAUUGUAUAAAUACAGCGAUACAUAUUUUUUGGUAGGAAUUCUAUCCUAUGGCUCAAAUUGCGAUGAGAAAUCAAAUUCACCGUUGGUUUUCGUAGAUGUACAAAAAUACGCAAGAUGGCUUUUAGAAAAUCUUUAGAUGCUUUAUACAAGAAUACUUACAAUUUGAUUUAGCUUAAAGUCUACUUGAAAUACAUACAUAUGUUACA